CCCACAUUGCCGAUAAGAAAACACCCAUUGAAAGAAAAAAAAAAAAAACCACCUUCCUCUCAUGGCUUCUUCUUCUGCUCUCUCCUUCCUUCCAUUAACUCAAUCCCCCAAGCUCUCUGCUCGGAACCCACUUCCAAACUCCCAUUCAUGGCGCCCGCGUCCCCCUCGCCCUAACGCACCAUCCUCCUCCUAUAUAUCCGCCUCUAUCGGAGAUGGGCCCAAUGCCACGGAGCCCAUAACCGUUGAAACUCUCCACCGGUUCUUUGAACUCAGCGUUGGCAAAUGGCACGGCUCCUUCUACCAAUUCAAUGCGCAUGGGAAGUUGAUGCAAAGGGUGAGUACGCGGCUCUCUGCAAGUACCUAUGGAGAAGAUGAUCUGAUGAGCCUCAUUCAAACGCUUUACAUAAAACAACCUCCAUUGUCAGUCUCAGACCCUGAUGAAGAUCCGGAAUGGGCAGAAUACAAGAUCAAAGAGACCAAUAUGUUUACUGUCGACAGAUAUCAGCAGAUUGGCUUUUUCCCCGACACAAGGGCUUUCGCCUUAAGGUACCAGACCGCUGGCAUGCUGGAGACUGUUUUGAGGCAAGGUGUGUUGGGUGAAAAUGACACAGGAGAAGAGUCUCCCAGGAAUCUUAAGCUUCCUUCACGAAGGCCUUCUAUAGUAUGCGAGAAUUGUUUAUAUUCGCAAGACAUAGAUAGUAGGCGGGCAAGAGCCUUUCACGUUAUGAACCCUGGAGGUGACCUAGAUAUGCUUCUUGUGUUCCUGGAAGAUAGAGGGGAUGGGAAUCAUCCUCCUCCUUCACUUGGCAAUCUUGGACAGACUGCUGGAAGGGUUGAGCCGUUUCUUGGCAGGUGGGAAGGUCAUUCAAUGACAAAGCGAAGUGGUGUUUAUGGAUCAACACUUACUGAAGCUGAUUCUGUUUCUUUACUUGAGAUGAACGAUAAGGGUCAGCUCAUCCAGGUACGACCAUCACUUUAAUGCACACAUCCACUUUCCAGGAUCCCUUCUCAUCCAGGGGUUUUGCAUCAUGCCAUGAGAAUUUAGAUUUUCUGAUCGUUAUGGAAAUUUUAGACUGCUUCAUUUGCUUUGCUCACCAGCUGUUGUGAGCAGAGGCUGGUAGUUCAAGCUUUUAAGUAUCUUACAUACCUCUCUGAAAACUGUCAUUAGGAUAUGACAUCGAAUGCUAGAGCAAACAACGUUGCGACCAAAGUGCAUUGGAGUGGUACCCUGGUGGAUAAUCUGAUCAUUUAUGACGGAGGAUACCAGAUAACUCUGUUGCCGGGAGGGAUGUACAUGGGAUGCCCUUGCGAUAUAGCAAAGAGCGUUGCGGAAUCCAAGUCGUUUCAUCUGGAGUUUUGUUGGCUUGAAUCUCCUGGGAAGAGACAGAGACUGGUUAGAACUUAUGACGUUGAAGGUUUGGCAGUAUCAUCCACAUACUUCUCCGAGACUAAAGUUUAAGUCUUUGAUUCUGAUUGUGUCGUGUUGGCAAGUAAAAGCUUGAGUACAGACGCCAUGUAAUAGUAUAUUGCAACACCGGAAUUGACAAAAUUAUGGUGGAAUUUUGUUAUUUGGGAGAGAAUUAGCUGGAGUGCUUGAAAAUUAGUAUUCUCGGCAUAGUGAGGGAGCUGGAGAGCUUGAAAUUAGAUGAGUCAAAUUUAUGCAUAUCAUUUCCAUGUUUCUAUGCUCUCUUGUACGAAUUUGGGUACGCUGUAUAUGUGGUUUUUGUGUAAGCACGUAGUUUGUGAUGACAUGAUCUAUAACUGUUAUAUGUACGCGGUAAUCUGUAAGAAGUUGUUUGUAUUCUUAUUUUAGUUCCUCUGUUUUGGCCGUUUGUGCUAUUUUCUUGGUGGUAAGUAACUAGCAUUUUUUUUCUCAGUAUAGAGGAUUCGUUUACUUGUGAUGAUA